AUGGUUCUCUUCAAAAGAAAGCAGGUGGAAGUUGUCCCUCCACAACAGCUUCCUGAUGAUCUAGACACGGAAAUUUGGUACAUUCCACAGACUGGCGAGUGGUUUUUGAACUACGAUGAGUACCUUGAUAGGAUGGACUAUUAUAGCCAAAAGAAGUUUGCGUGUGAAAUCACUGGAAACAGCUCGUUUGAUUUCUUUGAGGCCCUCAAGUACGAACAGGAGGAAAUGCAAGCGGUUGAAAAUAAGUUUCCAGAACCUGUCAGAGAACCAAUUUUGAGAUAUGUGCAAUUCAGUCUCAUACCCAGACUAGAUCAAUUAGUCGAUGACGUGUAUUUACACUUCAAGAAAGAAUUUUUUCCUGGGGAUCUAGUGAAUGUUAAAAGUGCUGGAUCUAACAGAUAUAAAGGGAUCAUCAGAGAAAAGGCACGGUUUGCUCCCAUCACCUUACCUGAUGGUACCGUACGUGAAGGAUACUGCUCUUAUCGCGUUGGCCUCUCAAACUCUGAUGGAGAAGUAACCGUGAACGAAAAUCAAGUUUCCCGUGAUAGGAAUGCGUUCACUAAGUGGUACGUGAAAACUUUUCUCAAGUUGACGUUGACUAGAUCGCAAAGAUCUGGUGCUCCUUGGGUGGUCAAAGAUCAGUAUGCUGCUAAGUACAGAAUUCCAACGGAGUACCCUGAGGAAUUGAAAAAGUUCGAAGAAGAGGAAGAGGAGGACGAAAAACCUUCAAGGAAGAGAAGGAAAAAGGUAUCUACUCAAGACUCAAAGAAGAGAGUCAAGUCAGAGUUCCCUAAUAUAUUUGAAAACCUAAAGGAAACUCCUCCUGCACUUUCAUCUGAAGAUACUGAAUCCUUGCAACGUUGGAAAGAUAGAUGGAACGAGGUUUUGUCUCGAUGUAACUACUAUCUUGAUUUGUCAGCUGACGACUCCUCUGAUGUUGAACCACGCACCAAAUUGAAUCAGUUGUUAGGUUUUGCUGGUGUCUCCCGUCAAUUGGUUUUUGAUCCUAACACAACCAAUAUCAUAGUUACUAUGAGAUCCUAUCACCCAAAAACACAAUACGAACCUCCUGACAUGUUUUCGUACGUAGAGUCGAGGCAUAUCAAAGUAUGGCACUAUGAAAAAGUUUUCCGUUUCUUGAAGUCCUUGAAUGUUACCAUGAGAAAAGUUCGCCAGCAGGAAAAGUCUACUAAGGCACGAACAGAGUCUCCAGCUACUCUUAUCCCUAGUAACACAGCAUUUAUGAGCAUAAACCAAUCAGCUAAUGGGACCAAGGACCAAAAUCAAUCGACGCUGCAACCGUCAAAAGGGUCUGUUGAGGAUCUUGCACUUCCAUUCCAGAUUAUCAAGGACAAACCUGUAACAAAACAACUGGAUGGAAUUGACCAUGUUGAUGAACUAAUGGAGACUUGGGCAUUUAUCAACGUUUAUCGUGAGGCUCUUAUUAUCGAUACGUUUACACUAGACGACUACAUAACAUGUCUGAAAUGGUCAAAUAGAUCUCGAAAGUCGUCACUUUUAGAGGAGAUAUUUUGUUCGUUAUUGUCGUGCAUCAUUGACACUAACUAUACAAAGCCCAAGUCAAAUGAUCCUCACCAUGGUCUUUUGAUCACUUUACCUGAAUCUUUGACCGAUCUUCUCGAUGAUGGGGACUCCACUAAAGAGUUUCAAGAUGAUAUUAAGCAAGAGAAUGCAAAUGGCAUCGUUAAUGGGACUGAAAACGGGGAUGCAGUUGACCCUAGCAUUAAGAAUGAAAAGUCAGAUGAAGAGGAUGAUCACGAAUCAAAUGCUUCCUCUACGAUCAAUCAUAACGCCUAUCAGUUGCUUAAUUAUCGCAAACGCCCAUGGCAAGAAAUAUUAAGGGACAGGAACUUUAAAGAUGGUGGUUGGCAGAUUGCCUUGGUGGGUGUAUUGUCAUUAGUGGACCACCUGCCUGAAUACCAAGCGGAUAUCGAACAGGUUUACGAAAUUCUAGCUCCGGAAGAUUUGGGAGUGUCGCCUGCAUCGGUGGAAACUAGAUUCUAUGAAAAUUUGGGGAUUAAUCUACGAAUAAAGGUCCUCAGUAUUGUAUGCUCCCUACUGAUUGAUAGCACCACUAUUAGAUCACAUAUUGACAAUUGUUUGGAAGAAGCUGCAAAACUUCGAAGGGAAAGGCUGGAAAAAAUGCGUGAGUACAAGCUGGCUUCCGAUGAAGCCCAGGCUCUUCAUAAAGAAUGUAUGCUAAUUUUGUGCACUGCCGAUACAUCAUUAGAAACUUCUAGUGCACCUCAACGAGAGGAUAAGAAACAGAAGAGCCGAGCUAGGAGUAGCGACAAAGUUCCAUUAAAACCCACGGAUAAGGAGCUGGCUUUGGCUAAAGCUGAUCCCAAGUUUUUGAAGCUUUUAACUAGCAGAACUGAUGCUAUGGUGAAGGCCCAAUCUGCAAAUAAGGAGAAGAGACAACUUGAAAAGAGACUGAAUGAAAUAGAUCUGCAACGGAUAAGGUGUAUUGGAUUUGACAGGUCCUACAACAGGUAUUGGUGGUUCGAAAAUAAUGGAUUGCCUACUUUGAAAAAUGUCCACACGACUAGCGACGACGAAGAAGAGGACGGCGACGACAAAGAGGAUGCAAUCGAAGAUGAUGAAGAUCUCGAAGAUGUCGCUGAGGAAACUUAUCUUGUUGGCCGAUUAUGGAUUCAAGGACCUACAGAUGAAGAUAGAAGAAAUCUACUGCUUUUUAGCGAUGAACAACUUGAGAGAUGGAAUAAUUUGGUGGAACAACUUGAAAAAGACAAAGAGAAGGAGAAAAUAACGAAUGACAGCUUUCUGAAGACGGAGGAGACAAAUUCCAAUGUCAAAGUGGAAGACUCAACUACCGUCGCAGAUGACAGUCCGGAGUUGGCAUCGAAAGAAGAAAAGACUUCUGUUAUUGAUGAGGCAAUCUCCAAGUUUUUCGAGUUUGAUUUUCAAGAGAAUGGAUCGGUACAACGUCCUUCCGGGAGGACAAUUAUUGAUGAAUAUGGAGCACCUUGCAUACAAGAAUUUAAGUUUAUCGAUAGAAAGAUUCUCCAGGAGACUCCCGAUCUUUUACUCAGCAAAGAAAACUGGAGAUACAUUGACACCAGCGAGGAUAUUGACAAGCUGUUGAAAUUGUUGAACCAGUACGGUAUACGUGAGGGAAAUCUACAUAAACAGUUGACAAUCCUUGAACAUCUUAUCAAAGGCAGCAUCGAAGCAAGAAGAAAGGCUUUAUACCUGGAUGAGAACUCUGAGGAACACGUUAGACUUCGAGACAUUAUUGAGAAUACAGUGAUACCUGAACAGACAGCUGAGGAGAACGAGGAGAAGGAAGAUCCAGAAGUCUUAGAGCUGGAGAGCUCCGAUAAUGCGGAAAACGACGAUUUAGUGGAGUUGGAGGCUGAUUCCGAUUCUGACUCGGCAGUGUUGCCAACAAGAUCUCGACGUUCCAAGGCAGUUCGAAACACUAGAGGCACAAGAGGUUCUCGCAAGACUCCUGUGAUUCAUACAGAGUUAGACUUCACUCGUAAAAAAGCCCAUUACGCCACUCGUCAAACAACCAAAAGCCAAGAACGAGAAGAAAAGAUCAAGAUGGUCCAAGAAGCCAAGCAUCAAUUGGAACAUCUGAAGGAGGAUCGCAUGAUUACCAGAUGUCUGGAAUGGGUCAACUCCAGUGCUAUAGAAGAACUCGGACACACGCAUCUUAACGGCCCCAAAAAGAAGUCCACUAAUAAAAAAAGGAGAUAA